AAGCGCACCGGCGGCGAGGACGAGGGCCGGAGCCGCAGCCGCAGCCGCGGCCGCGGCCGCAGCCCCUCACCCGGCCGCUGGGCCGGCGGCGGCGGCGCCAGCCGGGGCCGCUCGGCCGAGCGCCGCCGCGGCGGCGGCGGCGGCUCCCCGGGCCCGCGGGAGGGGCGGCGCGGCGCGGGGGCUGGCGCGGAGGGCGGGCGCCGGGAGCUUGCCGGCAGCAGCGGCGGCGCACUAG